GCUUGUUCGAUAAACUAUCUCUCUGCUCCAUAUAACUGAAUCAAAGACUUUUUACGAGAAAGGAAGAAAGAUCAAAACUCUUUCUUUUUUUGUUCUGUUUCCAGAAAAUCUAAUCUAAGAAAUGGGUAACGCGUUUAGGUUACUCCGGAAAUGCUUGAAUCCCACGGCGGACGAUAAGCCUCACGGCGUCUCCGCCUCUUCCGCCGGCGUCUCAGCUCUUUCUCGUGAUCUCUUAAACUUUGAGACCACUUCUCAGGUUCCUGAAAAGCUUGGGAGUUACGUUGUGUCUUCCCAAAAGGCUCAAGCAAACUGGUAUAGAAAAAUACUUGAGGCAUGGAAGCAAGCUAAGCCUCGGCCUAAAACUCCUGAGGAAGCCUCUAGGCUUGUUAUCGCGACUCUAAAGAACCAUCUAAAAGCAGAUGUUGAGGGAUUUUUGUCUUUCUAUGGACUGCCUUCACCUCACAAUCUCGUUGAGGUCCCUACGGAAUCUCCUGUGUCUUUACCUAAAGGAGUUCGGUUUGAGCUUAAAACGCUUCCGGUGGAUACAAAAUCUGUAGCAGAUGGAGAUACCGUUACUGUAUAUGUUAGUAGCAAAGACCCGCUUGUGUCAUCUUCUCUUCCUAAGGAAGUGAGUCUUGCAGCGGUUAAAAGAGCGAAAGCGCGUGAGAAGAAGAAUUAUACUGAAGCAGAUGCACUUCACAAGACUAUCAUAGCUUCUGGUUACAGGAUGAUAAGUUUUCAGAAUGAAGAAGUGCUUGCUAAAAAGUUCAGGAUUAGACUAAGCGGAAUAGAUUCACCGGAGAGCAAAAUGCCGUAUGGAAAAGAGGCGCAUGAUGAGCUACUCAAGAUGGUUGAAGGGAAAUGCUUGAAGGUGUUAGUAUAUACAGAGGAUCGUUAUGGAAGAUGUGUAGGAGAUAUAUACUGCAAUGGAAAAUUUGUACAGGAAGUAAUGCUAAAGAAAGGUCUUGCUUGGCAUUAUGUAGCCUACGACAAGCGUGCAGAGCUCGCAAAGUGGGAAAAUGAGGCUAGGCAAAAGCGUAUUGGCUUGUGGGCAUCUUCUAAUCCAGAGAAACCAUGGGAGUGGAGAAAGAACAAACGUGAAGGAAAGUAAUUAUAAAUUUAUAACAAAACC